UGAAACUAAUGUGAUGGGCUGAGGAGGUUAAGACUUGACUGUAAUACAGAGGAAUUCGGGCUUUACCACCUGUAAGGAAGUGGAAAGAUAUAUGAAUGGUUCGAGUUUGAAAACGUGCCACACAUCGAACAGGUCAAGGAUGAUGGGCAAGGGCCUGAAGCGGAAGCUCCUAGACCCCCCUGAAGGGGGCAGCGUUGUGUACGAGAGCCAGCGGCAGUCCGUGCUGGACAUCUCCUUGGACAAGUUCCAGCACAGCCAGAUGAUGGUGGAGCCCAGCCUGAGACGCUCGGUGCUGAUCGCCAACACCUUGCGGCAGAUCCAGGAGGAGAUCCGACUAGAGGGCGCGACGCUGGCCCAGGUCAGGGCCCCCCAUCGCGCAGCCCCGGCAGUCCCGGAGCCCUGCCCCCGCGAGGAGGCUCCUCCAACCCGCCCACCCCCAGCGAGCCGCCCCCAGAGCGUGGAGGACGCCGGUGACGACUGGAUGGCCCUGUCUUCCGAAGAGGACUUCUCCUUGUCGUCAGCCAUCUCCUCCAUCCUGAAAGACCUGGACAUGGUGAUUGAUGGCGGCUCCACCCACAGCCCUCAGGCACCUCCGCGGACGCCCCUCGGGUCCAUCGAGAACCUGCCAGGGGACGCCGGCCCCAAGCUGCAGCAGCAGGAGUUGGUAGCCGGAGCUUGGAGGGCGGACAGGUGCACUGAAGGGUGCCGGCCCCCGGAGGGCGCCGUCUUCGGCAGCUUCGAGGUGAUGCGCUCAAGCUACCUGCGGGACGUCGCCCUGGACGACCUCUUCCUGGACAUCGACACGUCGGUGUACGAGCGGGAGACAAGCCCGCAGGGGGCGAGGACCGUCUCCAGCGCUGCAGGUGACGAGCUCCUCAAGUACCUGCCUGCUCUGUCCUCCCCAGCAGCCUCCCCCUUUUCCCUCAGCCAGAACGUGCGGGACCUGAAUGAGCUGGAGCACAUCAUGGAAAUUUUGGUGGGGUCCUGAGACUCCAAAGCCAGCGUUUACCUCAUUUUCCUGUGCAAGACUGAAAAUGGCGCAAAUGCAUUCACACAGACAUGGGGAAAAAUGACUAAUAUAUGCAGGCUUUUCACAGCAAAGCGAUCAAGUUGCCACUUCAUUUCCCAGUUCACUGUGGCAGUGGGGGUUAUGCAAGGUUUUGAUCAAUCACAAACAUUUAAUGAUCUUGUUAUAAAAAUGUACAUUUUUACAUACUAGAGACAUUUAGGGAUUUAAAUCUUGUGCCUUCUUAAGAGCUGUAAUCUAUUUUUUAUUUUAGCAUUUAGCUCCUUGUGAUAUACUUUUCUAAAAAGGUUUUAUUGAAGAUGGAUCAUGGAUUCAUAAGUACGAAUGUAGUGAAUUGUCCGCACCGUGUACAUAAUGAGGAGACUUGUAAAUAUUACAAGGGUCACUGGUCAAUUAAGGAGAUGUAGCAAAGGUCAAGGUCAUCCAAAAGGUUACCUUAUUGGGUUGCACCACAUCCUUCAGGUAACAGUCUUGUUAACCCAUGUAUAGUAGGGGAAAUGGUUAACCAACCACUGCGUUCUAGGAAAUGCUGAAAACACCGACAGUAUCUUCUGUGAAGAUUGAUAUAUAAUCAAGUUGGAAUUUUGGCUUGACCUUUGUGACCUGUAAGACUUACGGUUCCACACCUAACAGAGCUAGCUUUCUGAUAUACGUACUUCUUAGAGUUUCAGUAAGUAUUACGGAGCUAAGACUACCUCCUUUUACAAGACCCAAUCUCUCCAGGUCACCCGCAAUCAGUCCACAGAAGUCUAGUUAGUUUUCUUGCAUCUUGCUUAUCCUUCAGACUCAUUUCUCCACUGCAGACUCUCAAACAUCAAGCCACUUUAUAUUAUGUUUCCAGUAUUUUAUGAGUUAUGCAUUUGGCUGGCUUGCAAUAUAUACACCUACCUCAUUUUCUCCAGUUCCAUAAACCUCUUACCACAGGCAUCGGCCCUACUCGCUGCUUCCGCUUUGUAAAUCCAAGUUGUGCACUGUUGCCAAAUAUAUUGCUACCAACACGCAUACUGGAAAGGUAUGAAUUUACCUCCCACUGGUCAUUUGGCAGGAGACUGGCAUAUCCUCCUUCACAAGUGGACAUUUACUGCAAUAGACAUGACAAUGUAGCGAAUAUAGGUGGAUGCAUUAGCGCUCUCUCCCUACACGUUUUGCUUUGUAUUAAGG